AUGUCUGAGGAACAUCCGGACAAUGACAGCAAUGUGAUUGUGACAUAUGGAAACUUGGCCUGGGUGCACAGUUUCAUGGGCAAUGUGACUGAGGCUGAGACUUACACAGAGAAAAGCUUCACAGAGAAGUUCAAAGCGAAAAAGCCUGGUCGCUUCUCAAGUUUUCUAGAAAGACCUACAUCAGAGAUUUGUAGAAGAAUACGGAUGGCUCCAGAUAACCUCAGCGUUGUUUUGCAUGUUGCAAAGUUCAUGAAGAAAGAGCAGUUUUAUGACAAGGCCCUGAAAGUGUUGCUGGAAAUGCUGAAGAAAGUGCCAGACUCGUCACGGUUACAUCAUGAGAUUGCCAACAACUACCGCUGGAAAGCCAUGCAGAUGAAUGACAUACACAAUCCAGAGUUGCUGGGCCUUUGCAUUCAGCAUUUAGAGAAGGGUACCAGUUUAAACCCAGGCUACAUAUACCCAAGACUGGAGUUAGCGCUGAGGUAUGCAGAACAAAAGCAGAUGGCUAAAGCAGAGCAGAAGUUCACUGAGCUGUUUGCCCUUCCUGACCUGAAGCCAGCUGACCGUCAAGCCUGGCAUCGCAUGUAUGGGGAUUUCAAACAGUACAGGUUGGGCUCAGAGAGAGCUGCGGUUGAGCAUUAUAAACAAGGAAUGAUGCUGGGGCGAGUGUCCACCGAAUGGAUCGCAUGCAAAAACAGAUUGAGGAAAGUCCUUCAGCAUGACAGACGGGACACAUAUGAGAUCCGGACGUUCUUUCAUUCCUUUAGAACAGAGAACAAAGAUGAUUAG